AGAAGAAAUCCAUGAAACCAGCAUUUGAAUGGGAUUCCAGUAGUUUGGAAGUGGGUUUUGACCCAGCAUCCAAAGAAUAAUACUGUGACAGCAACAAAGAAAUUGCCCACCAAGACUAUCACUAUGACCGAUGGGGACUAUGAUUAUCUGAUCAAACUCCUGGCCCUUGGAGAUUCAGGGGUGGGGAAGACGACAUUUCUUUAUCGAUACACAGACAAUAAAUUCAAUCCCAAGUUUAUCACGACAGUAGGAAUAGACUUUCGGGAAAAACGUGUGGUUUAUAAUACCCAGGGACCAAAUGGAUCAUCAGGGAAAGCCUUUAAAGUGCACCUUCAGCUUUGGGACACUGCCGGCCAAGAGCGAUUCCGGAGCCUCACCACUGCAUUUUUCAGAGAUGCCAUGGGUUUCUUAUUAAUGUUUGACCUCACCAGUCAACAGAGCUUCUUAAAUGUCAGAAACUGGAUGAGCCAACUGCAAGCAAAUGCUUAUUGUGAAAAUCCAGAUAUAGUAUUAAUUGGCAACAAGGCAGACCUGCCAGACCAGAGGGAAGUCAAUGAAAGGCAAGCCCGGGACCUGGCUGACAAAUACGGCAUACCAUAUUUUGAAACGAGUGCCGCGACUGGCCAGAAUGUGGAGAAAGCUGUGGAAACCCUUCUGGACUUAAUCAUGAAGCGAAUGGAACAGUGUGUAGAGAAGACACAGAUCCCCGACACUGUCAAUGGUGGAGACUCUGGAAAGCUAGAUGGGGAAAAACCAGCAGAGAAGAAAUGCGGUUGCUAGACCCUACGUAGGAACUGAUUAUCAAAAACCCCACCCAAAUAUUACUUCCAAAAAACAGCGACAAACCACAAAAUUGUUGUGAGUAGACCAUGCAUAAUGGCAUGUUUUUCUUUUUCUUCCAGAAAAAUCUAUUUUGAGAGACCAGAAUAUCAACAGUGUUAAAAAGAAUUGACCAGUUGUCUCUGAGGCGCCCUCCAAACAAGAUCAGAGAUUUCCUAAUGUGAUCUCAUGGUCAUGGAUGCUCAAUUUGUUGUUGUUGUUGUUGUUGUUUUUUAUGAAGAACAUGAGUAUAUAAGAAAGUAUUCAAGAUGAUAUCAGUGAGUUUUAAAUCAGAACAAAAAUGACCAUGUCACAUGGGGAUAAGGAAUAGGCCACUAAAGGGAGAAUAUAGAAAGACAAUUUUUUUUUUUAAAGAUUGGAUUUACUUCUUACAUAGAGUUUGAUUUGUACUUUUAGUUUUGCAUUGGGAGAACAUGUUAGCUAAAAUUGAGGAUGCAAUAAAGAAUUCUAAAUGGAUCAUUAGUAAUGACAUUACUAUGUACACCCAAUAAGCUGUCCUAGGGUGACUCAAGUACUGGUAAGGUU